AUGAUUGAGCCAUUUCAAACGACCUUUGCGGUCCCUAUGACCUGCGAUGGCUGCGUGAAGGAUAUCUCGCAGGCACUGCACAAGGUUGAAGGAAUCACCAAAGUUGAGGCGAAUCUCAAAGACCAACUUGUAUUCAUUGAAGGCACCGCGCCACCCAGCUCCAUCGUCACAGCAAUCCAAAAUACUGGUCGCGAUGCGAUUCUACGAGGCACCGGCGCUUCCAACAACUCCGCGGUCUGCAUUCUUGAAACACACGCAACUUCCGUCCCCAAUAAGAUCCGAGGGCUGGCGCGCAUGGUUCAGGUAUCAUCAAAUAUGACGCUGGUUGAUCUGACGAUCAACGGACUGGCGCCGGGUAAGUACUGGGCGACUGUACGAGAGGCAGGAGACAUCUCCAAGGGGGCUGAGUCCACGGGCGGCAUCUGGGAGGCGGUCAAGGCAAAGCUCCAGGGCGCCAAUGCACAGAAGGAGCCACGUGGGAUCUUUGGAAGCGUGGAAGUGGACGCAAAGGGACGAGGCAAUGUGUUCUUGGAUCGACCGGUAGCAAUCUGGGAGCUGAUUGGACGCAGUAUGGUGGUGUCCAAGAGCACGGAAGGGCCUUUUCGACGCGAGGAUUCCAAUACCUUGGUUGGGGUGAUUGCUCGAAGCGCUGGGGUCUGGGACAACGACAAAACGGUAUGCUCGUGCUCGGGUAAGAAUGUGUGGCAGGAACGCCAGGAGCAGGUGGCUCAGGGAAUGCUCUGAAGCCGGAUGCCAGCCGACUGAAAACUGAACCUGGGGUGGACUCGGUCAGAAACCGAAGGGGCUUUAAACCUUGCAUUAGUAUGGAGUUCAUGAUGAUGAUACCUAGAAGAGAUGAUGUCAAUGUGUACAACGAAGCGAUAACAAUAGAUAUGGACUUGAGACCCU